GCGGUGAACACAACAGAGCAGGAGGGGCUCGCGUCGCGGCUCCUCUCUCUCGCGUUCCGCCUUUUUGAAAACCUCACCCCCUUUCUCCUCCUCCCUGUCUCGCUCGCGUCGCCUCUCCCUGCCUGCACCUGCCUCUCCCUCUCCUUCCUCCUCUCCUCUCCUCUCCUCGUCUCAUGGUCCUCAUGGCCGGAGCCUCCGACCACCACCACCACCACAACGCCACGGCCAAGCCCGCUUCCCCCGCCGCGGCGUCCGCGUCCGCGUCCCCGACCCCGACCCCGUCCCCGGCUCCCGCCAAUCGCACCCGUCUCCACGACUUCGCCUUCCCGACGCUCAGCUGGGGCGCGCACCGCCUCCUCCGCUGCUCCAAGGACGGCGGCGGCCCGGCGUCUCCGCCGCCGCACCCGCACACGCCGUCGCCGGACAAGGAGAAGCAGCCGCAGGCCUCGUCCCCCGGCGCAGCGGCCGCGUCGCAGCCCCCGCGGCCGUGGAACCUCCGCACCCGCCGCUCCGCCACCGUCGCGCCGCUCGCGUCGAGAUCGGACGCCGCAGGGAAGGCGCCGGCGUCGGCGGGUGGAGCGCACCCGCCGCAGCUCGCGUCGCCGCCGCCGCCGGCGCCGGCGGCCGCGCCCAGGAAGAGGACCUUCUCCGCUGCGCUCACCAGGGAGGAGAUCGCCGAGGACUUCGCCGCCAUCCGUGGCACCCGCCCGCCGCGCCGGCCCAAGAAGCGCCCGCGCGCCGUGCAGCGCCAGCUCGACAUGCUGUACCCGGGGCUGUCUCUCGCCGACGUGAAUCUGGACUCGUACAAGAUCGACGAGAGGUGAUCGGCGCCGUGCUGCAGCUGGUUUGGAGGAGCUUUUCAGAUGUUUCCAGCUUUCCCUUUCUUUGUGCGAUGGCUAUCCCAUGGUUCUUGUGGUUCCUGCGGAUUAGAAGGCGGAAUUGUAGAUUUCCAGUGCUAAUUCUGUACAGGGAGUCCUGUUAUUAUAUGAUAAAUUAUGGGGCCGCUGGGUCAUGCUUGUGCUUCCUUGUCUGAUGUUGAGUUUGGGGUAUGGUUCUGGUAGGAUAGGGUAAUAUCCUUAGGUGAUGAGAAGUUGUCAUUGUAUUGUACAUGCUUCUAAUUCUAAUUCUAUGAAAUGUUCCCGUUUCUCUCAUUCAAA